AUGACAUACUUUAUCCUCCUCCUCGUAGCCUCCAUCUUAUCAUGCUCCAUCACACACCCGACCCGAGCCGCGGGUCCAAACGACACCCGGGUCCCACCGUACUCGUGCGACCCGACCCGCGACCCGUCCACGAAAUCAUACCCGUUCUGCAACCCCGGCCUGCCGGUCGAGACCAGGGCCCGGGACCUGGUGUCCCGGCUGACGCUGGACGAGAAAAUAUCUCAGCUGGUGAACAGGGCGGCCGCGAUCCCACGGCUCGGCGUCCCGUACUACGAGUGGUGGUCGGAGGCGCUGCAUGGAGUCGCCAUGGCCCGCGGGGUAGAGAAUGGGGUGUCCUUCAACUGGACCAUUCGGGCCGCCACUAGCUUCCCUCAGGUCAUACUCACGGCGGCCACAUUCGACGCCGAUCUUUGGUACCGUAUAGCCAAGGUGAUCGGGACAGAGGCUAGAGCCAUAUACAAUGCAGGCGAGGCAAUAGGCAUGACUUUCUGGUCGCCCAACAUCAACAUUUUCCGAGACCCGAGAUGGGGACGUGGACAAGAGACACCCGGAGAAGACCCUUUCCUCACCAGUAAAUACGCCAUCUCUUUCGUUCGAGGGAUUCAAGGCGACUCCAUUCAAGGCGGACAGCUCAAAGACGGACAUCUUCUCGUCUCCGCAUGCUGCAAGCAUUUCACCGCCUACGAUUUGGAUAACUGGAAAGGGAUCAACCGUUUUAUAUUCGAUGCCAAAGUGACGAAGCAGGACAUGGCAGACACGUUUCAACCGCCUUUCAAGAGCUGUGUGGAAGAUGGACGAGCAAGCGGGAUAAUGUGCGCUUAUAACAAGGUCAAUGGUGUCCCCAAUUGCGCCGAUUAUGAUCUACUCACUAAAACCGCCCGCCAAGACUGGGGAUUCCAGGGGUACAUUACAUCUGACUGCGACGCGGUCGGUCUCAUUUACGACGUGCAAAAGUACGCAAAUUCGCCCGAGGAAGCUGUGAAGGAUGUGCUCAAGGCUGGCAUGGAUGUCGAUUGCGGGCCUUACCUAGCGAACCACACGAAAUCCGCGGUCGAGAAAGGGUUCGUGACCGAGCCCGACAUCGACCGGGCCCUUUACAACCUGUUUGCCGUCAGGAUGCGACUCGGGCUUUUCAAUGGGCCCCCAAACAAACUACCCUACGGCUACCUGACCCGCAAUGACAUUUGUACGCCCGAGCACCAGGAGCUAGCCCUCGAGACCGCACGCCGCGGAAUUGUCCUUCUCAAGAACUCGGCUAACUCACUUCCACUCUCCAAGUCGGAAAUCGAAUCCCUUCUAAUAAUGGGUCCCAACGCCAACGCCACCGAGACGCUCCUUGGGAACUACGCGGGCCCGCCGUGCAUAACCAUUACCCCGCUUCAGGGCCUGAAGAAUUACAACGUGAAAAACACCGAGUUCCAGUCGGGAUGCAACUUCAUAAACUGCACGUCGAUUGACUAUAAAAGUGUCGAGCUGGCGAGGUCGGCCGACCGCGUGGUCCUUGUGGUGGGGCUCGAUCAGGACAGCGAGAGCGAGGAGCACGACAGGGAGGAUUUGUUGCUGCCGGGCGAGCAGCAGAGUCUUGUUAUGAAAGUGGCCAAGGCCUCUAAAAAUCCGGUCGUGUUGGUUGUGCUGUGUGGGGGCCCAGUUGAUAUCUCAUUCGCCAAGAACGAGCCCAAGAUCGGGAGCAUUUUGUGGGCCGGGUAUCCCGGAGAGGCCGGGGGCCAGGCAAUUGCCGAGAUCAUAUUCGGCGACUACAAUCCAGGUGGAAGGUUGCCUCUAACUUGGUACCAGCAAGAUUUCGUCAAAAUACCGAUGACCGAUAUGAGAAUGAGGUCCGAUCCCUCGUCCGGUUAUCCAGGCCGAACCUACAGAUUUCACACGGGUCCCACUGUUUUCGAUUUUGGUUAUGGUCUUAGCUACUCGAACUACUCUUACGAGUUUGUUUCGGUCAGCCAAACCAAGCUCCACCGACCAGCAUCACGUAAGAACUCGAACUAUGUCUUGAUUUCGGAAAUAGGCCAUGAAUCGUGCGACAAGGCAAAGUUGUCCGUUACGGUUAGAGUGGAAAAUCAGGGGAAAAUGGCGGGUACGCACCCAGUUCUGCUAUUCCUGAAGUCCAAACAAGGUGGCCGCGAUGGAGUCCCAAUCAAACAGUUGGUCGGGUUUCAGACAGUGAGCUUGGGCGCGAAUCAGAAGGGUUCGGUCGAGUUCCAAGUGAACCCAUGCGAGCAGUUUAGCUAUGCUAAUGCGGAUGGGAACUUGGUGGUCGAGUUAGGGGCUCAGUACCUGGUUGUAGGAGAUCAAGAACAUCUUAUUAACAUAUAA